AUGAAGUCUAUCAAAACUCUCAGCAACUCGAAGGCUAUGCAUAUUGAUAUGAAUAGAGUCAGGCGCUUUUCAAAGUUUGUUAAGGCGACCUCAAUCCCCACAGAAGAAGAAGUUUCUAGAAUCAGAUCUCGGCUACUCAAAAGCUCUUGGCACCUUUUUGACGAUGUGAUAUCCACUUAUCCUGCCAAGCAAUUGUAUGUAACGCUUGAAUCUUUGCUCAAUAAGUCAAACUUUCCAUUCAUGGAAUCUCUUAAUAGUGAUAAUGAUGUUUAUCGUGAAAAUUUUGACCUCAACAAACAGUUCAAAAUCGGUGAUAAUCUCCCGAUUGGCUACUCUUUGGCGUACUGUAAUCCCUUGUCAAGCGAACAAGAACUAAGCCCGGAUGGAUACGACAACUACCACGCACCUACUACAAACAGUAAAGAAUUUUUCAAAAGGAGAAUGUGGGUAAGUGGGAGCUUUAACUAUGACAAGUCUAACUCGUUGAGAUUUGGAGAUACAAUACAUUUUACAGAGACAGUUGAGAGAGUAAAAUUUCUGCCGAAAAAUAACGUUAUAUUUGCUGAUUACAAACGGUGUUUCGAUAAUACCCACGGAAAUUCCUUGAUUGAAUUCAGAAGGUUGUGCUACCUUGAUAAAAAAUUUGAAACUACAGAAAAAGAGAGUAAAACUUCCUCGAUCGUGCCUGACAAAAGCAUAGUUUUACAUCCUUCAAUCAUAACAAGUUUCCGAAUGAGUGCAUUGACUUUUAACUCCCACCAAAUCCAUUAUAACCCUCAGUACGCCCAGAAUAUUGAAAAUUACACGGAUGUUGUUUUAGAGGCCCCUUUGCUAGUCGCAUUGGUCCUGCAGUUUUGGUCUGAUAAUAACCCAGGCACAAUGAUCUCAUCAUUCAAAUACAAAAUCACAUCCCCAUGUUUCAUUAAUGCUCCAAUGACAAUCAAUUAUAAAAUGUGUGAUGAUCAUACACAGCUAUGGAUUUGCAACGACAAAUCAAGAACGUGCUUUGAAUCGACAAUUCAAAGAUAG